AUGGCGUUCGUCGCCGCGUUCGCUCCAAGGAAUCCUUAUCAGGGAAGCCUGGUCUACCUGAUUGGCACCGCCCACGUGUCCAAAGCCAGUCAAGAUGACGUCAGGCUGCUCAUUGAGGCAGUCAUGCCGGACGUCGUAGCUGUAGAGCUGGACGAAGAAAGACUCGAGCUCUUUGAGUGUGGGUUGAUGGAGGUAGUCAACUUUGCAAUUGAAACGACGUGGGAGUCUCUGGGAGUCUCCUAUGCGUGCGACGUCCGCUCAGCGAUCCACGCGGCCGCAAUAGUUGGCGCCCGCGUCCUGCCCAUCGACCAGCCCACCGAUGUUACGGAUUUCAGGAAGGAGGGAACUGCUCAAUUUCUCAAAAGGGAGGAGCCCAGCCUCAACGAAGAAGAACGAGUAGUGCGUCGUACGGCCGCGUCACAACUGCUCGAGAAUCAAUUUGAAGCAUUCCUAAACCCGGACCAUUACACAAAAACCGUUGCACAAGCAUUUGGAAGGAUCUUCGCGACGUUUAUCAAAGGCCAGCCAGCCCCUCUGGACGAUGUUGAGAUCUUCCAAUCAGCUCUGAACAAGAUUGUGGAGGCGGCCAGGCUCAAAGGUGUUAACGGCGAGAUAGUGCCAGCGUUUGACGAGAAGGAAGGCCCAAACCAAUACACCGCUGUGAUCCACGAGCGGGAUCGCUUCAUGGGACUCAAACUUGCAAACGUAGCGGCGGAAUACACAACGGUCGUUGCCGUGGUGGGCGCGGUGCACGUACCGAGCAUUACAGCCCGCUUUGCCCAGUACAGUACUGGGGACUACCGUAACCCUCUUAACAAGGCUUGGGCGCAGGAUGUAUCUCAGGAGACAUGGGUGGACAAGGGGCGGGGAGGAGCGGAAUCCUUACUCCGAGAAAAUGCUCUCCAAGGAGGAGCUCCUGAAGUUGUCGGAGAACCGGGACGAAAGCAACAGAACUUGCCGGGAGAACAGCAGAAGACAGGAAGGGAAGAUACAUCCUUGUCCCUGCCAUUGCUUCAUCAGGCGUUCACGUUCGCGGGAGCCGCUGGAGCCAGCGGCUUCGUCUUUUAUAAGUGGCCGAUCAUAACCGCGGAGCUUGGACUCGGCGCUGUCACAGCGCACGGAGUAAUAAUGGUCGGCCUGGCGGCCUUCACAGCCAAUUGGGCGCAAUUAGGAGUGUACUUCGAGGACGCUUCGAUAGAGCUUCGAUCAUAG